AUGUCCGAAGCGGCUUCUAAAAAAAUUAAUGAUCUUUUGCAUCGUAUUCAAGGCGAACGAAGCCCUUCUGGCCUUACCAUGGGUGACCCAGGUGCAGGCUUGCCUCCAAGUCGCCCUCCAUUAUCUCUGGCUUUGAAUAGUAACAGCAACAGCCCCAUAAUGCCUAGACCUAGAAACUUAAGCUUUGCCAUGAGACAGAAUGACAAUGUGGAGACUGAAGCAAGACUGAGGGAGAUUAUGAAAACCAGUGGUGAUCUCACUAUUGAUGGAAUUAGAUAUAAAACUGACAUAAAGGAAAUGGAACACAUUGAAGAACUAGGAAAUGGAACUUGUGGACAUGUUGUUAAGAUGAGGCAUGGACCUAGUGGAAAUAUUAUAGCUGUGAAGCAAAUGAGGAGGUCUGGCAACAUUGAUGAGAGCAAAAGAAUUAUAAUGGAUAUAGAAGUAGUGCUUAAAUCUCAUGAUUGUAAAUAUAUAGUUCAAUGUUUAGGAUGUUUUAUUACUGAUUCAGAAGUAUGGAUUUGCAUGGAGCUGAUGGACACGUGUUUUGACAAACUUUUGAAGAGGUUCAAACAACCAGUUCCUGAAGAAGUUUUGGGAAAAGUUACAGUAGCAACUGUUGAAGCUUUAUCUUACUUGAAAGAUAAACAUGGUGUCAUACAUAGGGAUGUGAAACCAUCAAAUAUACUCCUGGACACCAAAGGCAAUGUGAAGUUGUGUGAUUUUGGUAUUAGUGGAAGAUUGGUAGAUUCAAUGGCAAAAACUAGGAGUGCUGGUUGUGCUGCAUAUAUGGCUCCAGAACGAAUAGAACCAGAUCCCCAGAAUCCGGACUAUGACGUGCGUGCGGACGUAUGGUCUCUGGGGAUCACCCUGGUGGAGCUAGCCACCGGCGCUUUUCCCUACCAUGAUUGCAAGACUGAUUUCGAAGUGCUCACCAAAGUCAUCGGACAAGAACCACCUAGUCUGCCAUACGAUAAAGAGUUCAGCCCCCACUUCAGAGAAUUUGUGUCAUGUUGUUUGAAAAAAGACAAAAAACAUCGACCCAAAUACGCUAAACUGAAGAACCAGCCGUUCAUUAAAAAGUUUGAGGCUCGCAACAACGUGAACGUAGGAGAAUGGUAUGUACACCUAAUCAGGAGUUCAGAGGAGGUAUCGAACAUGGCGCCGCCUAGACACUCCUCGACGGCUAACUCCAUCCGACAAUUCUUCUCCUCCCACCAAUGGCAGUCCUCUGCGCCACCCGCCUCCCCGAGCCCCGCCCUCACCAACGGCUCUGCCCACCGGAAAACAAGCGCCGCCCCUUGCGACCUCGUAGCGGCUGCGCGGCCCGCCUCGCACGCGUCCCGGCUGAGCGUUUUCCAGCGGGAGGGACACCAGCAACAGGUGAACCAGCAGCAGAUGACGAAUCGGGGCGGGGAUGCGUGCGACGCGGUGGGCGUGGCGAAGGUGUUUCCACAGUACGCCGCCUAUCAGAACCAUCUGGCAAUGAGGGAGCAGCAGGAAGAGAAAGCCACACAGGCGUGCUGCUCUCCCCUGCUCCUUCGCCGCCCGCCUCCUCUGGCGGACCCCGCCCCCUACCAGCAGCACCGGCGCGCCGCCAGCGAGUCGCGGUGGCGGUCGCCGAGCGCGUCGCCGCUGCCAGCGCGCGGCCGUCUCGACGCCGCCGACGACGCACGCUACGACAGCGACAACACCAGCCCGAUCAUUCUGCAGCGGUUCUUCCACCAGCAGAAGCAGCAGCAGUCGGUCAAGGAUGCCGAGGAGUCUGGUAAAAAGCGAUUCGCCUCCUACAUCAAACUGCAGCUGAGCGGAGACAGAAGCGGGCGGUCUUCGAGACACCAAAGUCCAGAACCGCCUCCCAGACUCAAUAGGCACCCCAGCGGAGACGGGCAGAGCCCUCUGGCGCUGAGAAGGAAUUUCUUAGAAACGCAUUCUAAUAACUCGCCUAGUCUGUCUCGAAGGUACGUGUCCCCCUGCCCUCCCGUCCCUCCGCCCAGGAGGGUAUCCGAGAGCGCGUCGGUGCCCGGGUCGCCGCAGCACCUGCGCGCCCGCUUUGGCUACACUCCGGAGCCUCAGCGCAGGCUCUUCCGCAACGAGGACGUGGCGUAACGGUAGGCCGCGGGCGCGCUUGGUUCCUUUUCGAUUUUUCACUUCGUCAUCGUGGUUCGGGGUGGCUAG